AUGAGCGCUGGCACCAUGUCCCGGCGGCUUCGGAAGCUGGCGCGAGAGAUUUUGGAGCUGGUCCGUUUGGAAACUGGUGGAGCCAGUGAUGAAGACGGCGAUGCUGUGACUGCUUUGCACACCUUCUGGAAGCUUCGGGACAAAGUUACGAAGCUGGCGCGUCCGCGUCGUCGGGACCCGGGCUACAGCGACCCAGACGAUCCCGGGGGUCCCCUCGAGCAGCUGAGUGUGGCCCAACUGGUUCGUGAGCUGGCGAAGGAGUUCCUGCAAUUGUCGGAUGAAGCAACCUGUGGGGAAGGUAGAUACGACUGUGAGCCCACCUACCUCGGAGAUGAUGAGGGCGAUCUCACAAUCUGGCGCGAGAUUGUGGAAGCUGCAAAAGGUCCAGCCUUCCAAUUGACCACAGGGAAAGAUGCAGCCACAGAUGUGAGACAGAUUCUGCUGGCGACUCGUGGCCUUGAACGGCGGCAUGAAAUCAACAGCAGAAACGAUCAAAAUAGCCUGGACAUGGCCACGGUUUGUGGAACCGAUUCGGUUCACCUCACAAGACCCACGGGCCUUUCGACAGGGCAGGCUGCCUCGAAUGCGGGACAUCCUCAGCAGGUGAGUGAUGGUGGCACCUGGGAAGACCAUGAGGGACCUAAGGGAAGAUCGCAGUUGGAAGGAGUGCUUCAAAUGAUAGACAAGGGUCACCGAGUUUGCACUCGUGGACAUCCGCUGGUAGAAUGCUUAGACCAUUGCAAGCAACUUCACAGGUGCAGCUCCUGCAGCUCCUACAUUGGUUUAUUCGGCGUCUUGCGAUGCCACCAGUGCGGCUACGAUCUAUGUGCCAAGUGUCGAUAUGGGCCGGUGGCCCUUGGUGCCAAAAUGUUGCGCACGAAGGAAGAAAAUGAAGCAAUCUUGCAACAUAUCGAAAAAGCUCUUCAGAUGCACCAGGAAAGUGGUGACAUCGAUGCAGACAUUACGGGAAAGCUUUGGGUGACCCACGGCGAAAUCAACGAAGCGCUUGGCAAUCACAAGGAAGCAAUCCAAAACUACGACAAGGCCAUCGAGCUCAAUCCUGAGUAUUGUGUGGCAGUCUUUCGCCGCGGCCGCUCCAAGCGUGCUCUUGGCAGGUAUGAAGAAGCAAUCAUGGCAAUCCAAGACUAUGACAAGGCCAUUGAGCUGGAUCCCAAUGAUGCAGCUAUGACAUUCUUCGCCCGCGGCCCCAGGCAUGCUCUUGGCAGGUAUGAGGAGGCCAUCGAGGACUUCUACAAGGACAUUGACGAGCUGGAUCCCAAUGAUGCUGAGACAUUCUUCUCUCGCAACCCGACCUUGCAGGAGGCCAUCGAAGACCUCGAGAAGGCCUUUGAGCUGGAGGAGGCCAUCAAGGACUACGACUACGACAAGGCCAUUGAGCUGGAUCCCAAUGAUGCCGUGGCAUUUCGCAACCGAGGCUACUCCAAGCAGUCCCUUCACCAGCAUCAGGAGGCCAUCAAGGACUACGAUAAGGCCAUUGAGCUGGAUCCCAACGAUGCUGUGGCAUUUCGCAACCGCGGCUACUGCAAGCAGAUCGUUGGCAGGGAUGAGGAGGCCAUCCAGGACUACGACAAGGCCAUUGCAAUGGCAUUCCGCCGCCGCGCCGAAUGCAAGCAGUCCGCGGAGGCCAUCGAAGACCGAACGAUGCUACGACAUUCUUCGCCCGUGGUUCCUGCAAGCAUUUCCUUGGCCGGCACGAGGAGGCCAUCAAGGACUUCGUCAGGGCCAAUGAGCUGCGUGGGCGAAUCUGUCGUUCCUCGAAGGAGGACUCCUCCGUAG